AUGUUGAAACGUUCGAGAACGACUCGUCUUCUAGACACCUUGCAUAUCAAAAAGCUUCCUAAAGGUGAUUGGGAUCAUAGUCUUCCUGUCGAAAUCCUAGAGGAGAUUUUCGCACUUGCAAUGGAGGACUAUAACAGAGUCCGGACACGUAUUGCUUAUCGGCGGUCAAGUCUACAGCCACUUCUUCGCAAUCUGGCAUGCGUUUGCCAGGUGUGGUACAGCAUGAUAACGCCCAUACUGUAUAACGAGAUAUACAUAUCCUCGCCGAAUGCAUUGGCUUCUCUGGCACGAGCGGUCACAAAGCACCCGCAUCUUCAGCCGCUUGUGAAUUCCUUCCAUUAUUCGAGUACGAUCUUCAAGUCUGCGAGUAUAGAGGAUUCGCCAGCAGAUUCGUGGAACACCAAGCGGAUCUACCGAGCAUGUCCAAACUUGAACGCGUUGGUUUUGAGCCGACCUCUUAGCGGCUUCCCCGACACGGACGAUGGUGCCAUGAAAACCUUUGGUCUUACUAUAGCCAUCAUAGAGAAACUUACACGCCUGGAGAUUGACCUACCGGACGGUAUACCCUGCGACGGCAAGCUAAUUUUCUCGGUCGAUUUAACCUUCCCCGCUCUUCAAGAACUCGCAUUGAACAUCCAACCGUUCGAACUAGAACCAGAGAGGAAGUACGCUUAUUCUCCUCCACAGCACCUUAUGGAAUGGCCGAAUAUGCCGAAACUUGUUCGGCUGCGCAUCACCAACUGGCACGUCAAGCAUUCAUGCUUUUGCUUCCCACCAAGUUCAAAGAACCUGCGCAUCAUCGAGCUCCUUGGAGGGAAUUAUUCUUCUAUUAGGCAUUUCUUCGAGAAGCAACUCGAGGCGUUUACGUUCGACCUGGAAUCACUCACUAUCACAGCAAUGGAUGUCGCGUGUGAGGAUCGGUUGAUGGGGACGCAUCGAUGUUUGUUCUUAAAUACUUUCUACUCAAUGAGCGAGCUCUGUAUCCCGUUUAGGACCUUUGGAGAACUCUCAUAUUUCGCUUUUCCCGACAACCUCCAGGCACUUGUUAUUGCUGCCUCUCCAGACGAAGAGUUCAACAUUGGGGAUUUAGGGGUAUUUCAUAAAUUCGAGGAGAACCUACUCAAAUAUCUUGAGCAGAAGCGUGCAGGUCAAAUUCUGAAGCAUCUGAAGGUCGUCCGGGUAGCCAUGAGGUCGCUAUGGAUGUUUUGGCUAGAGGCAACAUUCAGGUCCGAAAGGAUAUCUAAGACGGCGGAAGCUGCGGGAAUACAUUUAAGGAAAACUUAA